GCUAGGGAACUGUUAUUCAAACUUUAUCUAGUUGCUUGUUCUUGUUUUUUUUUUUUUAAAUUUCAGAUUGUUUUUCUGAUCAAUUGGAUUGAAGCAUGUGUGGCAGUCCGGAGCAGUUACAUGCUAAGACUGCCACUCUAUCCACGUCUAAGGAAACCAAAAAAAUGGAUUGUCUGACUGGAGUGGUAGGUAGUAAAUGUUCAUUCCCCGUUUUGCUUGAGUUUGCUGCUGAUAAUGAUGUUGAUGGUUUUCAGAUAUCUUUGACUAUAACUGAUGUUUCUUUGGUUGGUGAGGUUGGACUUUGGUAUGGUCGCCGGCAAUGUUCUAAACAGAUCGUGGUGGAGCAUAGAAGAAGUCCGUUAAUUGCUGCUAAAUAUGGUAGUGUUGAAGUUGUGCAGUUAAUUCUUUCUCUAUAAGAGGUAGAUGUGACCUCUUGUGGCCUUGAUAAGAGCACUGCUCUUCACUAUGCUGCUUCUGGUGGAUUUAUUAGAGCUGAGGAGGUUGUCAAGUUGCUUUUACUUGCUGGUGCUGAUCCUUGUGUCACUGAUGCCAAUGGACAUCGCAUCAUUGAUUUUAUUAUUGCUCCUUGGAAUAUGCCCCAGAUAAAAGUAGCCCUUGAAGAGCUCUCAAAUAAUGAUGGUCCUGUAUUUACAUCACUGAUGAAUUUCGUUUAAGAUUUGGCCUUGUUCCCCCAUGAUUGGACAGAGUGUCCUUUCAUUCAUCCUGGUGAUAAUGCGUGAAGAAGAGAUCCA